UCUCGGUCCCAUAUUGAACUCGAGUUGGAAGAGGCGAGUCCGGUCUCAAAAUGGAGGUAAAACCGCCGCCCGGUCGCCCCCAGCCCGACUCCGGCCGUCGCCGCCGCCGCCGGGGGGAGGAGGGCCAUGAUCCAAAGGAACCAGAACAGUUGAGAAAACUGUUUAUUGGUGGUCUGAGCUUUGAAACUACAGAUGAUAGCUUAAGAGAACAUUUUGAGAAAUGGGGCACACUUACAGAUUGUGUGGUGAUGAGAGACCCCCAAACAAAACGUUCCAGGGGCUUUGGUUUUGUGACUUACUCUUGUGUUGAAGAGGUGGAUGCAGCAAUGUGUGCUCGACCACACAAGGUUGAUGGGCGUGUAGUGGAACCAAAGAGAGCUGUUUCUAGAGAGGAUUCUGUAAAGCCUGGUGCCCAUCUAACAGUGAAGAAAAUUUUUGUUGGUGGUAUUAAAGAAGAUACAGAAGAAUAUAAUUUGAGAGACUACUUUGAAAAGUAUGGCAAGAUUGAAACCAUAGAAGUUAUGGAAGACAGGCAGAGUGGAAAAAAGAGAGGAUUUGCUUUUGUAACUUUUGAUGAUCAUGAUACAGUUGAUAAAAUUGUUGUUCAGAAAUACCACACUAUUAAUGGGCAUAAUUGUGAAGUGAAAAAGGCCCUUUCUAAACAAGAGAUGCAAUCUGCUGGAUCACAAAGAGGUCGUGGAGGUGGAUCUGGCAACUUUAUGGGUCGUGGAGGAAACUUUGGAGGUGGAGGAGGUAACUUUGGCCGUGGUGGAAACUUUGGUGGGAGAGGAGGCUAUGGUGGUGGAGGUGGUGGCAGUAGAGGUAGUUAUGGAGGAGGUGAUGGUGGAUAUAAUGGAUUUGGAGGUGAUGGUGGCAACUAUGGCGGUGGACCUGGUUAUAGUAGUAGAGGAGGCUAUGGUGGUGGUGGACCAGGAUAUGGAAACCAAGGUGGUGGAUAUGGUGGUGGUGGUGGAGGAUAUGAUGGUUACAAUGAAGGAGGAAAUUUUGGAGGUAACUAUGGUGGUGGUGGGAACUAUAAUGAUUUUGGAAAUUAUAGUGGACAACAGCAAUCAAAUUAUGGACCCAUGAAGGGGGGCAGUUUUGGUGGAAGAAGCUCGGGCAGUCCCUAUGGUGGUGGUUAUGGAUCUGGUGGUGGAAGUGGUGGAUAUGGUAGCAGAAGGUUCUAAAAACUCAGAAGAAAAGGGCUACAGUUCUUAGCAGGAGAGAGAGCGAGGAGUUGUCAGGAAAGCUGCAGGUUACUUUGAGACAGUCGUCCCAAAUGCAUUAGAGGAACUGUAAAAAUCUGCCACAGGAGGAACGAUGAUCCAUAGUCAGAAAAGUUACUGCAGCUUAAACAGGAAACCCUUCUUGUUCAGGACUGUCAUAGCCACAGUUUGCAAAAAGUGCAGCUAUUGAUUAAUGCAAUGUAGUGUCAAUUAGAUGUACAUUCCUGAGGUCUUUUAUCUGUUGUAGCUUUGUCUUUUCCUUUUUCUUUUCAUUACAUCAGGUAUAUUGCCCUGUAAAUUGUGGUAGUGGUACCAGGAAUAAAAAAUUAAGGAAUUUUUAACUUUUCAAUAUUUGUGUAGUUCAGUUUUUCUACAUUUUAGUACAGAAACUUUAACAAAAUGCAGUUUUGAAGGUGUUUCCUUGUGAGUUAACAAGUAAAGAAGAUCAUUGUUAAUUACUAUUUUGUAUGAAUUUUGCUAAAGUUAACUGUAAAGAAACACCUGCUGACUUGCAGUUUAAGGGGAAUCUAUUCUCCCCAUUUCCAAACCAUGAAAUGAAUGGGCUCUGACAUGUGGAGAGAAUAGAUAUUUGUAUGUUUGCAAUGUGUGUUUUAGAUAAUAGAAUUGGGUAUUUAAAUUAGCAUAUUUGUGAAUUUAAUAGCAUUAAGAUUUACCUUCAAAUGAAAAAUCUCAAAAUUCCUAUUUGGUUUUUGUGCAUUUUCUUUCAAAAUGUAAUCACAUGAUUUUAGUGUAUUAGCUUUGCUGAGAGUCCUAGCUGUGUUUAGAACAUCUCCAUUCUGCAUUCACCUUGGUCACAUGUGCACUGCUGCCAUAGUUUUAUUUGGGUGUAAAGAAUGUCUACUGCCCUCUGUUUAAAUUCUGGAAAGGGGUAGUGAAUGUUUUCCCUUUCCUCUUACCUUAAGAAACAUUCUUAAAAUCUUCAAAAUACAGGACCACUAAGCCUGCUGUAUCUGAGCAAAUUAGUGGCUACUUUUUUUUCCCUUUUUAAAGCACAAGAGGCCCAUAAAUCUUCAGUUAUUUUCCUUGGUUUAAUAUAUAUUUUUUUGAUACAUGCUCUCAGAGCAAGAGAAUAAAAAUCAUGUAUUGUUGAACACUUAACUGGCUGGCAUGCUUUCCUGUUUGUACCCUCUGCAUUUUACUGGAUGAAACCAAGGAUAGUAUAGAUUAUAAUCAUCCCAAAAUGAUUACUGCAGUAGAAGUGUAGCACAGUUGCUUAGUACAAACAAGCUUUUCACUUCCCCAAGGCCUGAAUUCAAAUUUGGAUAGUCAGAGUUUGUACUCACUUAAAAUCCCAAAGAACACACUGUUAUUCCAUGUGUAUGCUUGAACCUUAAAUCGUGUUGGUAUGAGUUUACAAUUUGUUUGGAAGACCCUUGUUGAGUUUUAGAUAAUAAGGUCAAAAUAUACAUAAACCAAUGUCUACUGUUUUGCGCCAGCUAGUGCUUAAAAUUUCAUUCGAGCCCUAAGUAUGUGCCCUGCUGUUGUCAUUUCUUUGGCAGAUGAACGUUGGAUUUGAGAUUCUUAUUUUUGUUUUGAGAAGUACUAAGCAAAACAAGCAAUAAAAGGGGGGAUGGGGCGUGCUAGUGUUUGAAUAUGCUCUCGUUGCUCUAAUUCUGUGCCUCUGUGCAUUACUAUUUGGAUGCAUGCAAUGCCAGCAUGGAAAUCGGUCUUCACAGACACUGCAGUUCCCAGAAAACACUCACAAACCAAUAAAUGUAACAGACAACAUUCCAUUUGUUAAUGGACAUAUGUGAAUAAGCAGUGUAGAAAAUAGGCCAAUUAUUAGAAAAUGGUUAAGACUUUAACAACUUCAAGUGUGGUUAUAUAAAUGGACACUGUCAAUGUUCAUAACUUAAACCUGGGUACCUGGUCAAAAUAAUGCUUGGGAAACAUUUUAUUAAAAUUAAGCUAAAUUGU